UUCACAGGAGCAUUUUGGGAAAUCAAAAUGGCAGCGCCCAUUGAAUGUUGCCAGCUCCGAUACCUUUGUGUACAAAAUUGUGAUCAUUUUUUCAAUACUUGUAUUAAAUUUCAAGAAUAACUGCCCUUUUUUGACAUAAGACCAUUACUCUCUGUAUUUACUCGUUAAAUUAUGGCAAAUUUGGUGACUAGUUCUCUUCGUAAGGCAGCAUUUUGUCUACGCCGGUCGGCCACGUCGGCUCAUGCGCAUUCCGUGUAUUUACGACAUCGGGGUUUAAUUGCGGUGUUAAGCCGUGCAGAUGUGUGCAAAUCGCACAGACGACAUUUGUCACAGUACGUUCAGGGUGUGAGGCGCCUACAAAAACUCAAGGAAGAUGAGACUUUCUGCAGAGAGUCAUGGGCUCAGGGAAACUUUGCAGUAUUUUAUGAUCUCCGGCCUCUUGUUGUGCCUUCACUUUCAGAUGAAGGGAAACAUUUGAAGAUCAUGAAGAUUGCGUGGAAACACUCAGAUGAACUAUCUGAAUUGCUGAAAGAGGAUUUUCGUGCAGAUGAAUCGAUAGUUCUGAACUGCAACAUUUCAGACCCAACCAGCCCACCCAAGUUUGCAAUCAACAUUGCAUCCAAGUCAUCAGAGCCAGAUCACAAGGAGAAAUUUGAGAAGAGGUUUGGCAGCACCACAGUCAGCGGCAGAACAUCACUUUUCGUGGUUUCAAAGACAGAUGCAAGAAUCUUGGGACAGUGUCUUCCGCAUUUGCAAUGGCACAUCAGGCACCAGUUUUGCUCAAACUGCGGUGAGAGGACAACUAAGGAUCCAUCAGGGUCAAAGAGAACGUGCCCAACAUGCAGCACAGUUCAUUACCCUAUACUCAGUCCGGUUGCCAUAGUGCUUGUAACCAACGGCGACCGUUGCCUCGUGGUCCGACAGCCAAGGUUUAUGGCAGGCAUGUACAGCGCAAUUUCGGGAUUUCUUGAACCAGGGGAGUCAUUAGAAGCAGCAGUCAGGCGUGAGGUAGCAGAGGAGGUCGGUCUUGAGGUUGAGGAAGUCAAAUUCUUCUCGUCUCAGUCUUGGGCAUUCCCGCUCAGCUCUCUCAUGCUGGGAUGCCACGCCAGCAUCAAGCAUGGAACUACCGAUCACGUUUCCCUUGAUGAGGCGGAGCUUGAGGACUCGAGAUGGCUCCAUCGGGAGGAGGUUCUGACAAUCCUGGACAAAAGCAGCCCCAAGGAUGACGACAUCUGGCUGCCUCCGGAAGUUGCGAUCGCUCAUCGUCUUCUCAAAAGCUGGGCACUGAAAGAAAACUGAAAAUGAUAUAUUACAUGUAUUUGGUUGAAGAAUUUCUUGUGAGUGAUGUAACAGAAAUUGGAGGUUGCGUGCAUUAAAGAAACCCCAUACUCGAUUAAAGUAACCCACAGCAGUGUAAAGUUAAGGGUCUUUCCUUAGGCCUUUGUUUACAAACAACACUCUCUUUGCUGUGGGUGCAAUUUCGUUCAACUUUGUGGAGUUGCACAGCAAGUACCCAGUCAAUUCUUCCAACACAAAAUAUGGAUUUAAUUGAAAAAGCUACUUCUCUUCAGGAAUAGUACUAUAAAUAUCCACAGUAUGUAUCCUUAAAGCCGACUAUUUAAUCUGUGUCUGUUAUUUGCUUUCGGUGUAGUUAUACAUGUACAUGUACAUUUGUAAAUCCAUUUUAAGCAGCUUUUUACAAUUUUGUUCAUUUAUCUUAGUUAGUUUUAUCUUUGGGUGAUUAUUUUUAAAGGAUUUCACUGUUUUGUUUUACUUUUUAAGGCCAGAUUAAAUGGGAUAUGCUCAAAUUAUCCACCUCAAACAUGCUGGAAGAUUACGGGUAACGUUUACUUUGGAUCCGUCUUAUGUACUUGGGAAAAGUGUAAAUGGCCCAAAAGUCUAUGUUUGAAAUAAUAAAUUAAUAAAACUCAUACAUAAGUCAGUACAAAUAAAGAUGUUUUUGUAGUGCACUUACUGCUUGACAGAUGAACAUGGACUAGAGGAUUUGAAAUCAAUUCCAGCCCUCCCCCCCCCCACCACUCCCCUGCGCUUUUGUCUACGUCCUUCAAAAGUCUGAACAAAGAAUGUCAUUUUUAUGCAAAAAGUUCCAUUAUUGGUUCUUGACUUUGGCUCAGAAAAAGAAUUGCUUCUAAAAGCUCGGUUCCCAAUUUUAAUUUUGUUCACAACUUUUUUUAGGGGUACUGAUCUUUUUUUGGCCAAAUUUGAACCAAUGCCAAAGAUUAAGUACAGAAAAUGUGCCGAGCAAGAAUCAGCAUUGAACAAUACAUCAAAUGGCAUUGAGUUCACCAACCACAGCAGUUGUGGAAUGAUUUUCCAUAUUUUGGGGUUUCCCCAAAUAUUUGCACACCAAAGAAAUCUACAGUGUUACUUUACAAUAUGAUUAAAAAAACAACCACAAUCAACAAUCGGAGACCCAUGCCAGUUAAUAGUUUGCUUUGUUUUAAAAGUUUUUGUAACAUUUAUUGUUGUCACUCCUGAGAUUUGUCCCAAGUAUUACGACUGCUAGAAGGUUACCAUGGCUACCACCGCCUUAUGACAGACAUAAAAACAGAACAAUGUUUGAAACCCAUGCUGUUCCACAAUACUGUGUCAUUUCCUAAUAUAUUUGGCAAAAGUUACAAAAAGUCUUGACACGUUAGGAAGCCGUCAAAAGUAACAGCUUUUCUUUUUCUCUUUUUUUUUCUUUU